AUGCGACUACUAUCCGCCUUGCAGUGCCAACUGACUGCACCAGUCAUUGUCACUUCCCUUCUAGCGCUCGCCGGCGCACCAACCGCCUAUGCCGAUAUAUGGAGUGAUGUCGAACUCCAGAGUAACCCCAAUAUCGAGACUAUUGCCAAUGGGGCCGGCUUGCCGUUUGCGCUAGACUCGUUCAACGGGCUAGAGUUUCGAGAUCAGGAGGGCGAGGACGAGGACGAGGCCGGGCUGGACCUGGUGCGAAGAUCUGUCGCCAUUACCUCUCUCGCAAACAACAAUUUCCAGGACAGCACCAUCAAAGUCGGGGCUUAUCAGUAUUGGUAUAUUCCGAAAUCUGUGGUGACAGGGGAGCAUGGAGUCGCGGGCAAAGGACUCCCUGAAUAUAUUGAUACCGAUGGCAACGUCGUAUCGUCUGAGGCAGCAGAUGAACUCCGAAAACGAGGGCUGCUGAAACGCGCGUCAACUACGGUCUAUGUGGCGUUGAAUACAUGCGAUAGGCCUUCUACAAACAUCACCGGUGCAGAAGGCUUGUUCCCCCAGCUGAAGGUUUAUUAUUCGACGUCCUCGGAUCUGAAAUAUCCCGGUCCGGGCCAGGAUGAUUCACUUCAGAAUGUCACUACGGCAAGCCAAGGCUAUGUUGGCUUUGAACUUGAAGCUGAUAGUGAUGUCUACAUCAGUGUUGUUGCGGACAACUCCACAUCCUAUUAUGGCUCAUAUUCCUACGAUCUUGCCAUAUCGAUCGAUGCAUACUUCUACAACGUGGUUCCUGAUGAUCCAUUCCUCUACUUUGUCGAUUCGGAUCAAUCCGCCGCGCUGCUGGUGACCAACAACCUGACCCAGUCUAAUUCCAGUUCGCAGAAUUAUCAAGAGUGGAUGGAUCUUAGCCCCCCUCCCUAUACCAUGUAUGCCCACAAUCUCAAUGACACAUCGUUGAGUGGCAUGACGUCCUCUUUUUGUGCCGUGCAGAAGCAUUCCCAGGUGGUCAGCAACCAGGGGAACACUGGCAUGACCAGUCGUGGACUAGGAAACCGACCCAAGGAACAGUUCUAUAUUUUGGGACUCAAUCGUAGCUCGACAUAUGUAGGAAUCUUAGGCAUGGAAGGCAAUGGAUCCACCUAUGGCAACGGCGUCGUUGCUGGAGGUGGAAUUGUAUGGCAACCGAUGAAUUUCACGACCAAAACAGAGGACAACUGUGCUGUCUUGUUCAAUCUGACCUUCUGCUCAGAGGUCGCAUACGCAGUUCCAGCCAACCCAAACAGAACAGUCGAGGACCUGCGACAGAUAUACGACAACUAUACAUCCAAAUACUACACAUACUUUGACUACUCUCUCCAACAAAUUCAAUGCAGCGCCUCGGCCGAAUCCAUGUUCUCUCUCGCUGUCAAUUGCACCGACUGUGCCACGGAAUACAAACAGUGGCUCUGCAGCGUCAGCAUCCCCCGAUGCGCAGACUUCACCUCGAACGCCUCAUAUCUUCAAGUCCGCAACGCAGGACAAGAUUUUAUCAAUGGCAGCUCAUUACCAGAAGACGAUCCUCUCCGUUGGUCCGUCAUAACGAACCAGUCUCGCAAUCCAAUCAUCGAUUCAGAGAUCAAGCCUGGUCCGUACAAGGAGAUCCUUCCGUGUACCGAUAUCUGUCACGAUAUGGUCAAGAGUUGUCCCGCAGCAUUGGGAUUCGGUUGUCCGACGGGAUCCUGGUUGAACGCGUCGUAUGGAUAUCGGGAUCCAAAUGGAGAUAUCACAUGUAGCUAUCUGGGAGCAGCCUAUUACCUAAACCUCGGGGCGAGGCUAGGGAUGUGGGGAAGCGUGUAUAUGUUGGUUGUGAUGUGGGGAAUUUGGUUGAUAUGGUAA